AAGGUGAAUUCGGCACUACUAUAAAUAUGCCAAUUGGCGGCCUUCGAUUGCAACACAUUCAUCAUGUACAAGGCCACCCUUCUCUGCUGCCUGCUGUUGGGCCUGCUCCUGGCCCUCAGCUCCGCCUACAACGGCCAGGACAUCUACGCCGAGCCCAACUGCGCCAUCGUCGAGGAUCACGGCCGCAUGUUCCGCGACAUCUCCGACCCCACCCACUACUGGGUCUGCCCCGAGGGGCAGGAGAAGGCCGACUACAUCCAGUGCCCGGACAACUACGCCUUCAUGGAGAAGGAGCAGAGCUGCGUCGUCUGGGAGGAGUGGAAAUGGGUUGAGCCCUACACCAAAUAAACAGCCAACUCGACUCGAGAACAGCAGAGCGCCCAAGCCGUUUAUGUUUCUUAUUUGCGGCCAACUUUUGAUUGGAUUCGAUUGGAUUAGCGGCAAUGUGGUGGGUUCAAUGGUGGUGCAAAUAAAUUAAUUAUGUGUCCCAACUUUGGGAAGUACAGGCAAA